AUGGCUCCGUCGCAACCACCCCUCGAUUCCCCCCAGCCGCCGCCGCUACCGCCACCCAAGUAUCCCGCCGCCUCGCGAUCAGUCUCGCGCUUGGAAGACGAUGACCGUUCCUGGGAGCAUACCAUCCGUCUAGUGUCUCCCGAGCCCGUGCUGUCCCCGCCGACCAUCGCCCACUCGCGCGAGUCGUCCGCCGAAAAGGUCCCCCGUCUCCCACCGCCGCUGACCUCGCCGCGAUCCGCCACUGGCGCCUCUGCCCGACAAAACAUUGAUGCCACGCGCGUCGCCGCCUACGGACACCACCGCCAGACCUCCAUCGUGCACGGCAUACAGCACUCGAGAAAUGGGAGCAUCGCCAGCUCCGCCUCCAGCCCCUUGAGUCCACAGAUGAUUGCCGCCGCCGGCGUCGGACUCGACAUGGACUCGGUCGCUGCGAGGAUGGACGUUGCCGCCGCCGCAUUGCCCUCGGCCACUCCGGGAAGCGCAUCGCCCGCUGCCAUGGAAAAGUCGGCUUCGGCGACCGACGUACCUAGCUUUGGCGCAACCCAGCGCAAAAUCGACCAUGGCAAAUCGCGACGCGACCACCCGACCCACCACUCGCAUUCUUCUAGACACCGUGACGACCAGAAAACCGUCGGAGAAUACGCCCUCCAUGUUCUUUUCACCUCCUUCAUCGCACAGGCGGAAGAAAAGCUCAACGAAUGCAUCACUGUGCCCUUCGACCCUGAACCGAGCGUCGACCAAAUAUGCGGUCCCGGCGUUGAUCUUGGCUUUGACCAGCUCAUCGUCGCACUCGGCCACAUUGCCAGUCCUAAACCGAAAGCUUUGAUCGAUUCCAUGAUGCUCUGGCGCAAAAGCAAGAGUGAUGCAGCCAACGACGCCCGCAGUCAGCUCCAGCAACUGCGCAAUAACCCCCCUGGCACACCCUUGAUGCGACGGAACACAGAACCCGCCGGCAUCAACCCCGCCGAUGCGUUUCCGACAGGCGUGUCCCUGGCUGCAAAGCAGGAAUAUGUUGCCCAACAGGAACGCCGCUCUACCGUCUCCAUCUAUAUUCUCUGCCGCGUCCUUGUCGAGGUCAUCUGCCAAAGUAGCCUUGCAUCAAUCACGCCAGAGAUGGAAGAUAAGCUAGAGAGUAUCAUCUUUGGCCAGCUCAAAAUCGCCGAUACUGAACAACUGGCCCUCUCUCCCUUGAAAAUGGCCAACUGGAAUCUUUUUGCCCAGCUGCUUGGCUACAUGAGCGAGAUCAACUUUGUGGGAAUCAGUCGCCGAUUCAUCGACGACCUAAGUAACUGUCUUCAGGAACGAACUAUCAAGAGUCCCACAUCGGCUUCUGGUCGUGAUGUAGAGGGCAAGAUCGAACUUGUGCUCAACGGCAUGAAACACCUGCGCAUUAAAGUGUCACCCGAGGAGUCGUGGGAGCAAUCCUGCGAUUUUCUCAUAAAAUUGGGUCGCCUUUUCAGCAAAUCCCAUGGCCAAAGAGUUAAGUCCGCCUUCUGCCAUGUGCUCGAUAUGCUGUUGCGUCCCGUCGCAGCCAAGGCUCUCAACAGUCAUCUGAUGCAAGCCAAAUGGGCCGAUGUGCUUUCCGCCGUCGGUCAACGCGUUCAGCAAAUGCACUUAAAGCCGAGGCAUUGGGCUGUGGCAUUUCCUCUCACAGCUACGAUUGUUUGUGUUUCUCCCCCGGAAGUCUUUACGUCGCAGUGGCUACAGCAAAUUAUCCCGCUCCAAACCAAAGUCAAGGAUAGAUUCACAAAGCCUCUGUGCCUGCAGGUUGUUUCUCGGCUCGUCUGGACUUAUCUUUACCGCACAAAUGACAGCCAGACUAGUGCCUCGAGGAAGCUAGACGAUGUCAUCAGACUUGUCAUGCCUUCCUCGAAACGCAGUCUAGUCGCUGCUGAUGCUGCCGUCACCGAUCCCCUGAUCCAGUUGAUUCGCAUCAUUGGCUUCAAAUACCCCGAAUUUUGCUUCAAAAACAUCAUAUUUCCCCUCAUCAACGCGGAAUAUUUUGUGCAAAACAAAGAGCUCAAGGUCGAACAGCUGGACCCUGACAGAAUUGUGAUUGGAAUCCGCGCAUUUCUCAGCAUCAUGUCGGAUCUCGAAAAAGGCGAACAGGGCCGUCCCCCCUUCCCGCAAGCCUUCGAAGCUAUACCCGCCCUUGACAGAUCUCCCACCUCGCCUGUAAUGUCCAUGAAAUCAAGACCACCUCCAAGUCCGACAGCCCCUCCGAAGAAGGAUACAGUCUCGCGGCCCGUGCUUACUUCUGUCCUGACUGAUGGGGUACGUGAAUACUACUUCAAGUUUUGUGAAGUUUUGGGAAAAAUCGCUAUUCUAUGUGACAAUACGUUUGGUGGACAAGCUACUUUGGAUGAGAAAUUCAAUAGUCCAGGACCCAAGACACCGAUUUCCGAGUCCUUUACGUUUUCCCGCAAAGAUGACGGCCAGAAUGCCCAAGAUCAACGGCAGGCAUUCUACGAGCUUCUACACGUUGCCGUGCAAGCACUGCCAAGAUGCCUGCCCACCGGUAUACAGCUCAACACUCUCAUCAACCUGCUCUGCACCGGUACUGCCCACGUUCAGUUCCACAUUGCGGAUUCAUCUGCCGACUCCCUCAAAGCAAUUGCCAAGCACGCUCAUGCUCAGCAAGUGACCAUGGGCUUUGCACGAUUCAUCUUCAACUUUGAUGACCGGUACUCAACCAUGUCAGAUGGCGGAAUGCUGGGACCGGGACACAUUGAGAAUACAUUGCGCCUUUAUGUCGAGCUGAUGCAGAUCUGGAUUGAAGAAAUCCGUCAAAAGAUGAGAGAUGCCGACGGCAAAGGAACUGACCAGAGAGCCCUAAAACUGGAUCUGUCUCAGGUCUGGGGCGAGGUUGAUCAAGCGGAAGCCCAUGGGCUCUUUUUUCUCUGCUCUCAAUCCCGCCGUGUGCGCCACUUCGCUAUCACCGUACUGAGGCUCAUUACUGAAUUCGACAAGGCUCUUGGCAAGGACACCUCUGGUGAGAAGGACACUCUCAGGCUCAUUGAUAUCCUCGAAAAUGACUCUAUUCAAGUCAUGAACUUCAAUGAAGAAAGCCUCUCCGUUGCAGAGCGAAGUCGUCUACAGCGCGGUCUGCAAAAUGCUAACAGCAAAGGAGCUGUGGUCGAGCUCUGCACCAGCGACAUAUCGUAUGAUGCAACGCUUUGGUUCAAGAUUGUACCGAAUCUGAUACGCAUUUUCUUCGAGAGAUGUCCGUUUGCCGUCACAAUUUGUCGCGAUUUGAUUUGCAAUCGCAUUAUCCAAAUGUACAAGCCUAUCGUUUAUCUUUCGGAACCUUCUCGCGGCCUCGUGUAUGCCGGGGAGUCCGGGAAUCAGCGUAUAGGUAACAAAUCUGCGGCUGCACACCCUGAGGUCAUGAUCGAGCAAUGGAAGCUAUACUUGAUUUUUGCCUGCACGACGAUGGCUGACCCUGGAGCGCUGCCAUCGCCAGCCAAUCCGAAAGACCGACAACAUACCCGCAAAGGCUCACGGCAUACCUCUACAGACAAAAUUGUAACGGCUAGAACGUUGUUCAAAUAUCUGAUACCCCUACUUUCAGUGUCAUCUACAUCAGUUCGCGAUGCUGUUGUAGUCUCCAUGGGCUCAAUCAACAUCCACAUCUACAGAUCUUUGUUGGAGGAGCUGCAAGGCCAGGUAGCUCGAUGCAACGAUGAGGCUAGAGCCAGAAUUCACCAGCGGACAAACAGUAGUCCUCGGCGAAACCGAAAAAUGGAUUUACUGCGAACCGAAAUCACGCAUGUCUUCAAACUGACGUCCCACUUCUUACGGGAUGAACGUGUAUAUGACAACGAAUUCUUCUUGACGACAUUGACCGCUUAUGCCAAGGAUUUGAAGCUUUUCCUGAUGGACGGUGAAGUGCAGAUGGACUGGGAGUUUCAGAAGCUGCGACAACAUUACUGCGGUUUGAUGGAAAGCUUAUUCGACGGUAUCAAUCGCGCCAAGGACCCCUCGCGUUGGAUGACGUUUGAGUCGCGAAAGUCUGCCUUUUCCCUGAUGGAAGAUUGGUGUGGGUUCUCGCCGAAUCAGAAUCAGAUUCGCGCCAGAGAGGAUACAAUGAGACAAUCCAUCAUUGACCAACAAUCUUUGGGAGAGCGAGGAACGGUGACAGCAGCCAUGGAGAUUGAGAAACGAAACCUGCGAAAUGCGGCCUUGAGCGCCAUGGCGGCACUUUGCGCAGGCGCCGUCACAUUCACGACCGAAAGUGGUGUCACGUUGCAGUUUGACGUGCGCCGUAUGCUGGCAUGGGUCGAAGCCAUCUUUAAUUCUGGAAGUGACCGUAUGAAUGUCACUGGCCGACUGGCGCUGAAGAACCUCGUCAUUCAUAACCGAGACUAUCCGUAUCUCUUGGAUCGCUGUAUCUUGCGCUGCUACCUUGCAGACGCACGCAAAGUACUUGAAAGCUACUUCAUGGUGACCAUGGAUGUGCUCCAAGAAUGCCCCGAGUACCCUUGUCCGUUUUGGAAGAUGCUUGCUCUCUGUCUCUUUACUCUUGGAAAUGAGCAGAGCGAGGUCCGAUCAAAGUCUGCCGCUGCUCUCCGCUCACUUGAGAUUAGACAGCAGCGCAACUCCAAAAUUCGCGAUUUUGACAUUAGCAUUGCGGACAAGACGCAGGUGGUGUACAAGUUGGCGCAGUUUGAGAUUUCGAAGCGACUCGCCAUGUCGUAUACUGAGCUGGCCUUUCACAUUGUGUCCGAGUUUACUCUGUACUUCAAAGACCUCCAGCCGCAUGCACAACGGAAUGUCGUUGCGGUUAUCCUGCCCUGGAUUCAAGCGAUUGAGUUGAAGAUUGACCCCAAUGGCGGACCCACAGCUCAAUCAUACGUCCUACUCGCCAACCUUCUUGAGAUUACUAUCAAAUCAGGUGGCGCCCUCCACCAUGAAGUACAGGCACUGUGGCAGGCCUUGGCGACAGGUCCGCAUCCCGGUAACGUGCGGUUGGUAUUGGACUUUAUCAUGCAGUUGUGUCUUGAGCGACGAGAGCAAAAUUUUGUGGAAUAUGCGAAGCAGAUUGUUGUGUUCCUAUCCACCACGAGUGGCACACCUGGAAUCAAAGUCGUUGAGUUUUUGCUGAUGCAGAUCACCCCCAAGGCCAUGGUGCCUAACGAAAAGCGAAACUCGAUACCGCCUCAGCCGGAUGUGAGCGCCCUUCCGUACUGUGCCGAUCUUAACGAAGCUUUGCCAGUUGGAACGAAGCAAGCAGGAUUCUCACUCGGACAGCUGUCUCUGAUCUUGCUUGUUGAUUUGAUGGUUGCCCCUGUGAACCUGCCACCAGAGAAUAUCCCCUCGCUUUUACAUGUGGUGACGGUUCUGUGGGAUCAUUAUACCCCGUUGGUUCAAGAGCAGGCCCGGGAGAUGCUGGUGCACCUGAUACACGAGCUGGUGCUCUCGCGCAUGGACGAGAACCUCCACGACACGAGAAAGGAGGCCAUUGAGGAACUCAUCGACUUGGUCCGCGGCCACGACCGCGCAGUCGUUUGGAGCUACGAAGACAGCAAUGGCAAGGUUGAUGAGCAAGACAACAAGGUACCUCCCAGCAUGGAAUACCUCACCGCUGAAGUGCUGCAAACGUUUGAGCCUGCGUAUCCCGGCAUCAAAGAGCAAUGGGGAAGGCUCUCGCUUACCUGGGCCACGUCGUGCCCCGUCCGCCAUUUGGCCUGUCGCUCGUUUCAAAUCUUUCGCUGUGUUCUGACAUCGUUGGAUCAGUACAUGCUGGGCGAUAUGUUGGCCCGACUUUCGAAUACAAUUGCCGACGAAGACCCAGAGAUACAGUCCUUUUCUAUGGAGAUCUUGACAACUCUCAAGACAUUGAUUGUCAAGCUCGAGUCCGACAAGCUUCUAACGUUCCCGCAGCUCUUUUGGACCACCUGUGCUUGUCUCGAAUCCAUCAACGAGCGAGAGUUUAGGGAAGCCGUGGACAUGCUUAGCGAGCUAGUAGGCAAGGUUGACUUGCGAUCUGCCAACAUUCGACGGCUGAUUGCGGAUGGCCAACCCUCGCGCUGGGAGGGAGCGUUUGACGGUCUGCAGCCUUUGCUGCACAAAGGCCUCCGCUCGGCGGUAUGCUGGCAGCCAACGUUGGAUAUUAUGGAGCAGCUCGUCAAGCUUCCCAAUGACCCUCUGAUUGGCGACGACCAACGUCUCUUUUUCGCGUUGCUGGCCAACUUUCCACGGUUCCUCAACGAUUUGGAGCAACGAAGCCUGCCUUCGGAUGACAGCCUGCGAUCAGCGCGCGUUUUGUUUGCCGAGGCAGACCGUCAGGGUCUAGAAGGUAUUAGCGUGGUCAUGGACGAUUAUAUAAAUGGCGAAAUUAACAGCGGCAACGACCUUUUGACACUACUAUUCGGAGCGCUGAGAGAAUACUAUCUCCCACGACUUGAUUUCAAGAUGAUUACCUUCUUGCUCGGGCUGCUCACGAAUUCGAUCAACUGGAUCAAAGUGCAUACAAUGCGUAUCCUCUGCAUCGCUAUUCCAGAGGUUGACAUGAAAAACCCUGAGCUUACGGGACAUGGCUCUGAUCUUAUUUCGCCUCUGCUCCGCCUGCUCCAGACAGACUUGUGUAUGAAUGCGCUCGGGGUGCUGGAUAACAUAAUGACCGUCUCCGGUAGUCACAUGGACAAGCACCACUUGCGCAUGAGCAUGACGCGCGCCACUUCCAAGGUUAUCCGCAAAGAGUAUGAACGAACGCAGAGUCUAUUUGGUAUCCCAGAAGCAUCAGGGUGGGCGAUCCCGGUGCCUGCCAAGAAGACAGAGGCCACGCGCGCCAAUAUUCAUGCUGCAUUUUACAUGUGCCAGAGCGCAGGCGGAUCGUCCACUGAGGCCACGCCGACGGCCGAAGUUGAAUUCCACAACGAUGAUUUUGCCUAUGGAUACUUUGAGGCACACGAACGCACAGGGACCAUGCUCUCGGAUGAUGGGCGGACCGAUACUUUGGUUGGGGAUCUGGUGACCAAGCUGGACAGCCUGGACGACUUUUUCGACGAGCCCUCAAGCCCCCACACAGACGACGACGGCCGGUCGUCGCGAACGGUGACGGAGUACGAGCCGGAUGCGUUUGAUUCAGAGACGCAAUUAUACGACGAGCAAAUUCUGCCCAUUCUGCAUCAAGCAUCCAGCAACACGUCCUUCCAGAAUGGCUUCGCCGACAGACCGCCGGCCAUGUCGCGGGAGGCAAGCGCCAACGCGAUGAACCCCGGCGCCUUUAACAUAGUGACGUCGCCCCGACCCGGUCUCCAUGCGCGCUCCAUCACGUCGCCAUCAGCGCCCGCGUCGUACUACCCGCAGAUGGCGGGCGACAUGACGUCGGACGAGGAGUACCUGUCGGCGGGGUUCUCUGACGCCGACGACGAGCGGCCCAAUACCACCGCCAACAUUGGCAGCGUCUUUUUUCUGGAGAACAUGGUGAACCGGCAGACCGGGACCGGGAUCGCCACCGCCGCCCGCUCAACGAACUUGCGGAGAUUGACGAGCCGGUCGCGUGAUGAACAUCGCGUGCGCGAAAAGACGCCACCGCUGCCGGUACCGAAGCUGCCCGCGACGAGCCCCAACAUGUUUGGGGGCGGGCAGCAAGAUGUGCUGUAG